AAUUUGAAUGUAGGGGCCAGCGCAUUGUCAGACAGUCAGUGAAGCAGCAGUGCUUGAGGCAAGCUUUCCUUGGCCUGAGUCUUUCAGGGAGGCAAGAAAGACACCCUGGAUUCCACCAUGGACAGCCUCCUGAUGAAGCAGAGGAAGUUUCUUUACCACUUCAAAAAUGUCCGCUGGGCUAAGGGCCGCCACGAAACCUACCUGUGCUAUGUGGUGAAGCGGCGGGACAGUGCCACCUCCUUUUCACUGGACUUUGGUCACCUUCGAAACAAGUCCGGGUGCCACGUGGAAUUGCUCUUCCUGCGCUACAUCUCCGACUGGGACCUGGACCCUGGCCGGUGCUACCGCGUCACCUGGUUCACCUCUUGGAGCCCCUGCUACGACUGCGCCCGACACGUGGCCGACUUUCUAAGAGGGUACCCCAACCUCAGCCUGAGGAUCUUCGCCGCGCGCCUCUACUUCUGCGAGGACCGCAAGGCUGAGCCCGAGGGGCUGCGGCGGCUCCACCGCGCUGGGGUCCAAAUCGCAAUCAUGACCUUCAAAGAUUAUUUUUAUUGCUGGAAUACUUUUGUGGAAAAUCGUGAAAGAACUUUCAAAGCUUGGGAGGGGCUGCAUGAAAAUUCGGUCCGACUAUCCAGACAGCUUCGACGCAUCCUUUUGCCCCUAUAUGAGGUGGAUGACUUACGAGAUGCAUUUCGCACUUUGGGACUUUGACACCAACCUCCAAGAAUGUCACAUACAAUGAAGUAUCUCUGAAGAUAGUGAAUGAAAGAACAUCCCUUCAAGAACGCUGUUUUUCUUCAACUCUCACUUUCUUAGAGUUUAGAGAAAAAAUAUUCAUAUAUAUGGCUUUAUAAUAUAUAUAUAUAUAUGUAUCUCUUGAAAAUAGAGGGGGAACACAGGCCCACCAGGAUGAUGCUGCAACCAACUGGGGCUGUUUUAAUGCAACGACGCCCCCUACCGUGAAACGCUAGAACUGCAAGGCUUGGGAGCACUUAAAGUGUCAGAUGUUCCAUGACUUUUAGGCAGGGAGAAAGCAGAAGGUAAAUCCUUAAAAGCAUGAUGAGAGGGUCAAGUGUUUUUAUAAUCACUAUCUUUUAUUAUUUGCUUUAUUCUGAGUUUUCAAUGGUAUUAGUGAUAGAUUUUUCUAUUCUUUUCCUUUGGGAUUCACUUAUGAUCUAUAGAACCUCCUAAUGAGAGAAUCUGGGUGAUUGUAACCCCAAACCCUCUCUUCAAAGCAUUAAUAUCCAAGCAUGUGCUGUAUGUUUUCAUUGUCUGAGGCAUGUUUUUAUGUUUGUACGUAAGAGGGUUUUUUCUUGGUAUAGAAUGUGCAUGGUCACCUUCAGGCUAUUUCAUAACAAAGGAUCUUAAAAUGAAUACGCGGAUGUUCUAAAAGUGAGUUGAUGCCUCAGGUAAUAAAUCUGGAAACACAGAUCCUUUUAACGAAGUCCAUAGUUUAGAAACCACAACCACAAAUUUUGCAUAUAAUUAGUGAACGUUUGGAAGGGAGUUGCUUGAAUUUUGAGAAGAGAAAAAUCUAUUGGGUUUUUUUUAAGAUUGGCAUCUGAGCUAACAACUAUUGCCAAUCUUCUUUUUAUUUUUUCUGCUUUUUCUCCCCAA